CGAACACUCUAAGGAGUGGUAUGUCGGGGUAUUUUGCUGUGCUUUCACAAAUCCCAAGUUGGACUUAGACUCGAGCAGGUUGCUUUUAUUGAGCUGAUUAAGGACUUUCGACCUUUAAGCAACAACAGAUAAGAGGAGAGACAAGAGAAGACGAACCUAUCAAGCCGCUCACAACUUUACCGAUUUUGUCCUUAGAGCUCACACCAUGGACCCUGCUACUCUUCAGAACUUGAUGCUUUUCGGCGGCGGCGCCGGAAUGGCGAAUAUGAAUAACUUCGGCGGUGCUGCCGGAGCACCUGGUGCCGGAGGUGGAAACGGUGAUGGUGGUGACGGAGGCGGUGGUCAAGACCAACAAGCCGCUCUGAAUCAACAAGCGGCCUUUGCUGGCUACCCAGCUUUGAUGCGUCAGUAUUUGCAGCAGCAGCAACAAGGAGGAAUGGGCGGCCAGAUGGGCAUGGCAGGUAUGAUGGGAGGAGGAAUGAACAUGAUGGGUGGAAUGAAUGGUUUUGGAAUGGGCAUGCCUGGAAUGAUGCCAGGAAUGGCUGGCCUCGGUGGUGCCGGAAUGCCUGGAGACGGCCAAGGUGGAAUGGCGCAAGGAGGCCAGCAAGGAGGAAUGGGAGCCAUGGGAAUGAAUGGCCAAAUGGGCAUGAUGCCCGGUGGUCAAAUGCCAGGAGGUGCAAAUGACUACAUGGAUGCGAACAGAAUGCUCCUCCAGCGCCUUCAGGGCCAGAAUCAGGCAGAGCAGUUUGAUGGUGGCGCAGCUGCUGCAGGUGGCGGUUCCGCCGCUGUUGCGGCAGCUGCCAAUGCAGGAGGAGACCCAUACGCCGAGAAUGGCAUUCUGGGGCCAUGGUCUGCUACCUCGGCGGGCCUUUUGGGAAAGAUGGCUGUCAACAAUCAGGAUAAGGGCAAGAAGAUCCGUCGCAAGUCCAAGGAUAAACCCAAGAGGCCUUUGUCGGCAUACAACAUCUUUUUCAAGGAAGAGCGUCAGCGCAUCUUGGCAAAGAUUCCUGAAGGAGAAGAGGCCAAGAAUGCAGCCGCGGCUGGGGACUCCAAGACCCGCAAGCGCAAGAAGAGGCCUCAUGGAAAGAUUGGUUUCGAGAACCUUGCCAAGGUGAUUGGACAGCGCUGGCAGGAACUUACACCUGAACAGGUGGAAUACUACAAGAAGAAGGCCGAAGAGGACAUGAAACGCUACAAGGACCAGAUGGAGGAGUACCUUGCCAAGCAGGAUGAUGGCAAGAAGAAGGCCGCUGGCGAUGAUGACGGUGAUGACGACGACGGUGAUGAAGGUGGCCCCAACAAGAAGAUCAAGGCUGAUGUUUGAGCUUUAUGCUAGCCUCCUGGCUGGUGCGCUUUGUACAAAAUAUUUUUCAUGGGAUUGCAUCUGCUGAGGAUCAGAUUGUGCAUUGUGAGCCUACUCGGAUCAAUCAAUCGCUCUAUGGACCGUCUCCAAAACUUCAACUCAAUUCGAAAACAAUUGCGAGAGGUGCAAGACUGAAAGUAAACCUUUUCUAAUAAUAACUUGUAGCCGUUGAUCCUUGACCUGGCUAGCUAGAGCCAUCCUUGGACGUUGUGGUUGUAUAAAUAUAUCCGCCUUCUGUUUCGCUGGUUUCAA